AUGAAUGGGAAUAAUUGGAGGGCUCAGGCUCAGGGAGGCGGUGAAGGUGGCGGAGCGGCUGCCGGAGCUCUGAGUUCCGAUGAUUGGAGAACUCAACUUUUUCCCGAUUCGCGUCAAAAGAUUGUCAACAAGAUUUUUGAGACCUUAAAGAGGCAUCUUCCUGUUUCUGGGCAAGAAGGAGUACAGGACCUUAAGAAAAUUGCCGUGAGCUUUGAAGAAAAGAUCUAUUCUGCUGCUACAAGUCAGCAAGAUUAUCUUCGGAAGAUAUCUUUAAAGAUGCUGACUAUGGAGACAGAAUCUCAAAAUCCCGCGAGUAGUGGUCAGAAUGCCCUUAGUGCAGGUGAACAAUGA